AUGGAUCUCAUUGAUGAAAUGCUAACGAACGAAGCAGUUCAGAAAGGUCAAAUUUAUGGAUUCCAAGUUGCAGAUGAAGGUACCGUCAUUUCUCACUUCAUUGAUGCUAAUAUGGAAGAAGUUCAAAGAUUAUUCAUUAUUCUUUCUAUGUUUGAAGUUCUAACUGGAAUGAAGCUUAAUUUGGAGAAAAGCACAAUGGUGAGUGUAGGCGCAGAUGGUGUCAUUGAUCUUAUGGAUAAGGAGUUGGGGUGUAAAACAGAAUCUUUGCCUAUCAAAUAUCUAGGAAUCCCAAUUGGGACCUUCUUUAGAAACAAUUCAGUUGUGGAAAGAGUGAAACUAAAGCUUGCUUCUUGGAACAAAAAGUUCUUAAACAAAGCAGGAAGGUUAGUUUUAACCAAGCAUUGUUUAUCUAGUUUGCCUAUCUAUUUUCUCUCAUUGUUUAACAUGCCAGUUAGUGUUGAAAAACAACUUAUUAAGCUUAUGAGGAAGUUUCUUUGGGGUGUUGUUGACGAUAAUCGAAAAAUGGCAUGGGUCUCAUGGCUAAGGUCUUUAUCUCUAAGAUAA